CACGGUCUGCUGUCCGCUUUGUCUGGCUGCCGUUUCUGGGUCAAAAUGAACACUUUCGGGUCCCAGCAGGCGCUUAACGUGAGCCGGAGGGUCGGCUCCAAGGGCGACCUCACCGGUGGAGGGACCUACCAUUACGCACGGAGCGACGUGGCGCAUGGAGGUGGUAAUGGAUACGACGUCUUCGUGGAGGGGUACAGAGGCUCGUCAAUUUCGAGGAAGUCGAUGAAGGGGCGCGGGAUGAUGAGUAUCACCACGGAGAGCGGCCCGAUGGGCGGAAUGAGUGGCUCCAUGUCCAUCAACCAGAGAGUCUUACAGCAGCAGAGUCUCUGCAAUGAGUACCUGAAGAAGGCCGAAUACAGCCAUCAGGCCGGCACCGGUGAUGUAGACUACUUCAUGGGGAUGGCAAGAGAUGCUGUAGAGCAGCUAAAUGGCUGCGCAUUUGAGAUGAGUCAACUGGGACAAUCCAAUGCAAAUGUAGUGAGGAGCGUGGAGCACUACACUGAGCAGCUGAAGGGGUUCCACAUGGGCAUGUCCAGCAACAUGCUGAGGAGAAGGAGCACCAGAAAAAGCUCUGGAGGCUGGGAUGAGUCUGAAAGGCGCUUCAAUGAUGCUAUGGCUUGGAUCACUCAGCAAAAGCAUUUGAUUGAAAUAGCCUAUUGGGGUGACGAGCCAGAAACCAUUGAGCAGGAGCUCAUCAGCCACCAGAGGUUUCAUGCCUCACUCCAGAUGUCUACUGAGAUGCAACAAGCAAUUGAUGACCUGAAAAAAAGAGGAGACAAAGCCAAUCAACGUACUCUGGAGCAGGAGUUUGAAAGUUUACAGAAAAUGUCGAAUUUGCGGACUGAGCAGCUGCGAGAGCUGAUCCAAAUUAUUCAGGAAAUAAUCAAUGAGAUCAUGUGGGUGAAUGAGAAGGAGGAAGAGGAGCUGGUGUUUGACUGGGGGGACAAGAACAUAGAACAGUACAUCCCCAAGAAGCAGGAGAGCUACUCGAAACUGAUGAGCCACCUGGAGGAGAAAGAGAAGGAUGUGCAGAAACUCAAGGCUAAAACGCAAAAGCUUCUGAAGAGCGAGCACCCGGCCUUUUACAUGGUUGAGGCUUACAUGGGUACUUUGCAGACUCAGUGGACCUGGCUUCUUCAAAUUAUAAAAUGCAUUGAUACUCAUCUGAAGGAGAACGCAGCUUACGCCGAGUUCUUCAGAGAGGCUAAUGACACAUACAAGGCUUUGCAAAAGGAACACGAGACAAUCCGAAAAACCUUCACCUGUGACAAGAACACCUCACUGGAGGACCUAAAGGAGCUCCUUAAAAGCUUGGAGCUGGAAAAGGAAACAAUCACAAACUAUAAGAGUCAAGUGCAACACCUGACCGCCAAGUCAAAGAACAUUGUAAGGCUGAAACCCCGAAACCCAGAGGAGAGGAGCAGCAGUGGCAUCAUCGUCAAGGCUCUGACUGACUUCAAACAAGACCAGAAGGUGAUCCUCAAAGACAACGAGGCCAUCCUGAAAGACAACAGUCAGCGCACUAAAUGGCACGUAACUGGCCCAGGGGGGCUCGACAUGUUAAUACCUUCCUUGUGCCUGAUUGUACCACCUCCUAAUCCACUGAGUGUCAGCCUCGCCAACAAGAAUGAUCAGUAUUACGAAGCCAUCAUGUCAAUCUGGAAUCAGCUGUACAUCAACGUUAAGAGUCUCAUCGCCUGGCACUACUGUCUCAUGGAUAUUAACUAUGUCAACUCCCUCACCAUCUCUAUGUUGUCCAAGAUGCGUCCCGAGGAAUACCGUCAAAUCAUGAAGAAGCUGGAAACCCACUUUGACGAGUUCAAAAUCAGGAGCAGUGGCUCUGAGAUGUUUGGUGACGAGGACAAGAGGAGCAUUGAAAACCAGGUUACUGGGGCCCAGGCCCAUUACGACAAGCUGGUAGUGGAGCUGCCCACAUAUGUUGUACAUCAGAAACAAAUAGAAGUACAUCAGGUUCCCGAACAACAAGUUCAGCCGCAACUGAUCAUAGUACAACAACAACCUCAGCAACAACAACAACAACACCAAAUACUACUACUACAACAAGAACAGCAAAAACAACAACAACUACUUCUACUACAACAGCAACAAGAAAAACAGCAACAACUAAUGCUACUACAACAACAGCAACAAGAAAAACAGCAACAACUAAUACUACAACAGCAACAAGAAAAACAGCAACAACUAAUGCGACUACAACAACAGCAACAAGAAAAUCAGCAACUACUAAUGCUACAACAGCAGCAAGACAGACAGCAACAAUUAAUAUUACAACAGCAACAAGAAAAACAGCAGCAACUACUACUACAACAGCAACAAAAAGCUGCAGCAGAAGAGGAAGCCAAGAGGCUGGAGGAAGAAAGACGUCAAACAGAGCUUAAAAACCAGGCGAAGAAAGAGGUGAUGGAGAAGGAGCAGGUGAUCAAGAAAGACAUGAUGAAAGUGACAAAAACAGAGCAAAAGAGAAAGGUUUCCUCCUCCUCUAUGUUCUCUUUGUCAUCUCAUCUCUUAUCGGAGCUGCAUGCCCUCAGACUGAGGAUGGAUGCUGCUGAGGGUUCGCUUAGUCAGUAUGUACAUAUUUGCUUCGGAGAUGACGGUGUUCGAGAUUGUGGUCUAAAGAUUACUCAGCUAGAGUCGGUACAGGAUAAUGUUGACUUGAUGCGUGAUGAGUAUCUACGUUUAAGAGAGCGUAUCCUGAAGGAGCUGGAAAACAUGAAUGACUUGGAUAAAGCACAGUUCCUCCGCAGUGAGAUCGGAGUGAUCAACCAGAAACUGGGCAGUCUGGAGAGCAGCUCAUCUGCUUAUGUACUAAGGCUACGGGCUCUAAGAGACAUGCUGGAGAGCAUAGCACGAGCUGAGGACAUAGUUAAAGUUCAUGAAGCAAGACUGACAGAAAAAGACACCACUUCUCUAUCUUCAGCUGAAGUCAAUGAAUACAUGGAGACCCUGAAGAAUAUGAAAGCAGAGCUGGGGAAGAAGACAGAUGUUCUGACCUCUAUGAAUUCAGAGCUGUCCAAGGCGAGCCACUGGAACAGUCAGAUGGGCAGCUCCUACCACAGAUGUGACCUGAUGCUGUCAAAGUUCACAGAGCAGGUGGGCUUGCUGUCUGACCGCUGGAGACGAAUCCAGGCCCAGAUUGACACCAGACUGCAGGACUUGCAGCUUUAUCUGCCUCAGUUGCAGCAGUACAAGCUAACCAGCACUUCUAUCACUGAAUGGAUUGAUGCCACACGUAAAAAACAGGACGUCAUGCAGGCCACCAAGAUAGAGAGCGUUCAAGAACUAAAAGAGCACAUUACCAACCAAAAGGCGCUGAACACAGAAAUCAAAGCGAAGCGGGAGACAAUAGAGAGUGUGCUGAGAGACAAUGAGACAUGUGUGAAUACUGUCAAGGACUAUGAAACAGACCUCACUUCUUACACCUCUGGGCUGGAAACAUUGCUCAACGUUCCCAUCAAGAGGACAAUGCUUAAGUCACCGACGAUGGAGCUUAACCAAGAGGCUAUACACCUUCAAACUCGUUACAUGGAGCUGCUUACUCUGUCUGGUGACUACUACACAUACCUUGGAGAGUUGCUCAAAAACAUGGAGGAGCUUAAGAUGCGCAACACCCAGAUCGAUCUGCUCGAAGAGGAACUUCGCCUUUUAAGAGAGGAAAUGCAAGAGCGCAAUGCCAAAAACAAAUCGUUGGAAGAGGCUGUUGCUCAAUUCAAACUGCAGCUGUCACAGUCUCAGGAACAGUUGCUGUCACUGGAGGAGGUGAAGCAAACAACCGCGCUGCAAUGCAGUGCCACCAAGGACAGCCUAGACUCCACUCAGGGCCAGCUGGCUGAUCUCAACACCGAGGUGGAACAUCUCAAGUACCUACUUGGUGAAGAGAAAAGGAAGACAAAGCUGGCAGAGGAGCGCUACACUCAGCAGCAAGAAGAGUACGACUCAGUACUGAGAAAGAGGCAGCAAGAGCUGGAGACAGUCAGCUGGUCCAAAGUAGCAGUGGAGAAGAGUUUGGCAAAUAAGGAGCAAGAGACGGAGCAGAUGCGGCGGCAGCUAGCCGAGGAGUUAGCAAGGUUGAUGGAGCUGCAAAAAGAGAUGUCAAAGGUAAGGACCCAUUUCAGUACGGAGAUCAAUAACUUAAAGCUCAGCUAUGAAUCCCAGAUCCAAGUCAAUCUUACAGACAUCCAGAGGCUUUCAGUCCAGAGGGACGAGGAUACAGCUGAACUCCAGAUACAAUAUGACAGGAUGGACGCAGAGAGGCGGAAUCUAGAAGAUGAACUCAGGAGGCUUAGGACUUUUAUCAGCCAGACUGAAGAGCACAAGAAGAGGGUGGAUGAGGAAGCUUGCAAUCAGCGGGCUAUGCUUAUAGAGGAUGGGCACAAGAGGAGAGAAAUGGAAAGUCAAAUGGAGCUGCUAAUAAGGCAGAGAGAUGAGGAAAGGAACCAGCAUAGAGAAGAGCUGGCUGAAGUCUUGAAGACUCUACAGGUGAAGAAUGACCAACUGGUUUAUGUUACUCACGGUUUAGAGGAGGAGACACGCAGAAGGAAGACAACAGAAGAGGGGAAGAUUGUGCUUGAGCAGUCCUUAGCUCAGUUACAGGUGAAGCUGAACAGUUCGUUGGUGGCUUUAACCCAACUGAGGAAGUGCGAGGAGGAGCUUCUUCAGAUGCGUUUACAACUGGAAAGAGAGAACAAGGAGCGAUGCAGAGUGGAGGAUAACAUGAUCAAUUUGCAGGGACGCAUCAAAGACCUGCAGGCUGUUAGAGAUAGCCUUGAAGGCCAGGUAGAAAAUCUGAGGAUAGUGCAUCAAGAGGAGGUAGGCAGGAAAAGGCAGAUAGAAGCAGAAUUAGAAAAGACCACCGUGACCAUGACAGAGUACACAAGCACCAUCGCUAGAUUGCGCCAGAGCCAAGAACAGGCUAGCACAUCAGAAAAGAAAAGUGAAGAAAAGCACAUUCGGCUAAAAGACGAGCUUGAGAAAACCUUGAGACAAACCCAAAACUGCUCACACCAAAAUACUCAACUAAGUGCAGAGCUGAAAACCAUAAAGCAGCAACUUCUGCUGGAGCAGUCCAGAGUGAAGGAGGCAAACCUCAGAAAUGAGGGUCUUUACAAAACUAUUGAGGAGAAGAGUAAGGCACUUAAUGAUAACUCUGCUGAGCUACAGAGGCUUAAGGAGUUAAUUGAAACACAGACCAAAGAACAGUUGAGGAUGGAGGUGGAGCUGAGGGCAGUGCGACAGGAUCAAGAAGAACUCUUGAAAUCCAAAAAGGAAAUUGAUGAUGAGCUCUCCUCGCAAAUUACUGCCCUGGAACUACAGCUGCAAGCGAGUGAGCGCAACAAUGCCGAGCACCGCAACCUGGUGUCAGAACUUUCCUCUGAGCGUGAAAAACUGAAGCUGGAGGCUGGGAAAAUACAAAAGCAGGUCAAAGAGACAAAUGCAACGAUACAGUCCCUCCAGUCCAAGUACAGUGAGAUUGUAAGUGAGAGAGAUUCUCUGUUGCUGAAAUUGCAGCGGUUGGAAAUGGACAAAGAGCACAAGCAAAGACUAGAGGAAGAACUGAGCCACAUAAAACUUUCUCUGGAGUCAGAGUUUCGCACAAAGCAACGUCUACAAGAGGAGAAUGACAGGGUGAAGAGAGACUUGAGUUAUUGGAAGGAUCAAUGUGACGGCAAACAAAGUUUGAUAAGACAGUAUGACACAGACAAGGAUAUUCUCGAAAGGGAAAAGAAAUCUUUAAAAAGUGAGAUAGAGACAUUGAUGAAAGAACUGAGGGAACCUGAGGAGAAAUAUAAGAGUAGACUAUUACUUCUUCAAAAAGAACUGCAAGAUGUGACAACUGUUAAAAAGACCGUGGAGACUGAGCUAAAGCAAACUAGAGAGCCUCCAACCAUGGAUGCCUCCUCUGUGGUUUUUGAUGGAGUCCGCAAGCCAGUCACUGCAAAGCAAUUACUUGACUGUGGAGUUUUAGACAAAACAACAUAUAACCAGCUUGUGAAGGGACAUAAGAUCGUUCCAGAAGUGUCUGCUGAGAAAAAAGUCGCUCUUAAAGGCACAGGCCCAAUAGCUGGGGUUAUAAUUGAAAGUCCCAAAGGUCCAGCAAUAAGCAAUAAGCCACUUUGCAAACUGACAUUUACUGAGGCCAAGAGGGAAAACCUCCUUCCACCAGAUAGCAUUGACCUGCUUCUUGAUGCUCAAGCUGCUACAGGGCACAUAAUUGACCCAAGAACCAAUCAGAAGCUAACAGUGAAAGAAGCAUAUAAUCAAGGAGUUAUUGAUGACGAGGACAGAGAAAGGUUACUUGCAGCUGAAGCAGCAACUGUAGGAUACAGUGCACCUGGCACAAACAAACCACUGUCAGUAUUUCAGGCCAUGAAAAAGGGACUUACUGACAAGAACACAACUCUGCGUUUUCUACAAGCCCAGGAGUCAGUUGGGGGCAUCUUAGAUCCUAUACUCAGUGUGUUCCUCCCUAGAGACAUUGCCAGUGAGCGUAAUCUUAUUGAUGAUAACAUGUCCUAUGCUCUGAAUCAGAGGCCGGAGCUUUAUCUAGACCCAGAAACUGAGAAAGAUGUGACCUAUAUGGCAAUGAAACGAAAGUGUAAAAUAGAGCCACAAACAGGUCUUCUUCUUCUCCCUAUUCCUGAGAAAGUCGAUCCCUCUAACCUUGUAUUUGAUGGUGUUCGGAAACCUGUCACAGCCAAGCAUCUGCUUGAUUGUGGUGUUCUUGACAAACCAACUUUUAGAGAUCUAGAAAAUGGAAAGAAAACAGUACCUGAGGUCUCUGUGGACAAAACCGUUAAUUUAAAGGGUACUGGGCCCAUAGCUGGUGUUAUAGUAAGUGGUCGGCGUAAAAUGUCUUUAACUGAAGCAAAACAACAAAUGCUACUGCCCGAUGAAUGUGCAGAUUUGCUACUAGAGGCUCAGGCAGCUACAGGUCACAUAAUUGACCCAAAGGCUAAUAAAAAGUUGACUGUUGAAGAGGCUUGUGCAAAAGGGUUGGUGGACCUUAAUGACCUGGACAGACUAUUGGCAUCAGAAGCUGCAGCAAUUGGCUAUAAAGAUCCUAACGUACCCAAAGUUAUCUCAGUUUUUCAGGCCAUGAAGAAGGGACUUAUAGAUGAUAAAAUUGGGUUGCGACUGCUGCAGGCACAAGAGUCAGUUGGAGGAAUCCUAGAUCCCAAUCUUAGUGUAUUUCUACCAAGAGAUACAGCUAUUAAGCGCAAACUUUUUGAUGAAAAUUUGUGUCAAGCCCUAUACCACAGGCCUGAAUAUUAUAUUGACCCUGAGACAGAACAACAUACCAGCUAUCAGGCACUCAAAGAAACUUGCAAAAUAGAACCACAUACAGGUUUGUUACUUUUACCCAUCUCUGAAAAGUUAGAUCCUUCAAAACUGGUCUUUGAUGGUGUAAGAAAGCCUGUAACAGCAAAGCAGUUAUUUGAUUGUGAGGUCCUGGACAAACCGACUUUGAAAAAGUUAAUGACAGGAGACAAAACUGUUCCAGAGGUGUCUGGGGAUAAGAAGAUAUUUCUAAAAGGAACAGGAUCCAUUGCUGGUGUCACCGUUGGAUCUUUAGAGAAAAUGUCAUUGUCAGAGGCCAAGAAACAGAUGCUUAUGCCUCCAGAGAGUGCAGAUUUACUUCUUGAGGCCCAGGCCGCCACAGGUCACAUCACUGACCCAAUCUCCAAUCAGAAAUUGACAGUAGAAGAGGCCUGUGCAAGGGGAGUGGUGGACAGAAGUGAUCGAGAUAAACUCUUAGCAGCAGAAGCUGCUGCUGUUGGAUAUAAGGAUCCUCGCACAGGUCAGUCUCUCUCAGUGUUUGAGGCAAUAAAGAAGGGAUUAAUUGACAAAAAGACUGGAGUGCGCUUGCUGCAGGCCCAGGAAUCUGCAGGGGGUAUUCUCGAUCCAAACCUCAGUGUUUUCCUCCCUAAAGAAACUGCUAUGAAGCGCAACCUUUUGGAUGAAGACCUCUGUCGUGCCCUCAACCAGAAUCCCGAGUGUUACCUUGAUCCAGACACAGAGCGUGAUGCCAACUAUGGUGCUUUAAAGAGGAAAUGCAAAAUAGAACCACACACUGGUCUGAUGCUUCUGCCACUUGCUGACAGGAAGGAUCCCUCCAAACUGAUGUUUGAUGGCGUGCGAAAGCCAGUCUCUGCACAGCAAUUGUUGGAGUGUGGUGUGCUUGACAAACCAACUUUUAACAAGUUGAUCAAAGGGGAGAAAACUGUCCCAGACGUUUCUGUAGAUAAAAAGAUAUUUCUAAAAGGAACAGGAUCCAUUGCUGGUGUCACCGUUGGAUCUUUAGAGAAAAUGUCAUUGUCAGAGGCCAAGAAACAGAUGCUUAUGCCUCCAGAGAGUGCAGAUUUACUUCUUGAAGCCCAGGCUGCCACAGGUCACAUCACUGACCCAAUCUCCAAUCAGAAAUUGACAGUAGAAGAGGCCUGUGCAAGGGGAGUGGUGGACAGAAGUGAUCGAGAUAAACUCUUAGCAGCAGAAGCUGCUGCUGUUGGAUAUAAGGAUCCUCGCACAGGUCAGUCUCUAUCAUUGUUUGAGGCAAUAAAGAAGGGAUUAAUUGACAAAAAGACUGGAGUGCGCUUGCUGCAGGCCCAGGAAUCUGCAGGGGGUAUUCUCGAUCCAAACCUCAGUGUUUUCCUCCCUAAAGAAACUGCUAUGAAGCGCAACCUUUUGGAUGAAGACCUCUGUCGUGCCCUCAACCAGAAUCCCGAGUGUUACCUUGAUCCAGACACAGAGCGUGAUGCCAGCUAUGGUGCUUUAAAGAGGAAAUGCAAAAUAGAACCACACACUGGUCUGAUGCUUCUGCCACUUGCUGACAGGAAGGAUCCCUCCAAACUGAUGUUUGAUGGCGUGCGAAAGCCAGUCUCUGCACAGCAAUUGUUGGAGUGUGGUGUCCUUGACAAACCAACAUUUAACAAGUUGAUCAAAGGGGAGAAAACUGUCCCAGAAGUUUCUGUAGAUAAAAAGAUAUUUCUAAAAGGAACAGGAUCCAUUGCUGGUGUCACCGUUGGAUCUUUAGAGAAAAUGUCAUUGUCAGAGGCCAAGAAACAGAUGCUUAUGCCUUCAGAGAGUGCAGAUUUACUUCUUGAAGCCCAGGCUGCCACAGGUCACAUCACUGACCCAAUCUCCAAUCAGAAAUUGACAGUAGAAGAGGCCUGUGCAAGGGGAGUGGUGGACAGAAGUGAUCGAGAUAAACUCUUAGCAGCAGAAGCUGCUGCUGUUGGAUAUAAGGAUCCUCGCACAGGUCAGUCUCUAUCAGUGUUUGAGGCAACAAAGAAGGGAUUAAUUGACAAAAAGACUGGAGUGCGCUUGCUGCAGGCCCAGGAAUCUGCAGGGGGUAUUCUCGAUCCAAACCUCAGUGUUUUCCUCCCUAAAGAAACUGCUAUGAAGCGCAACCUUUUGGAUGAAGACCUCUGUCGUGCCCUCAACCAGAAUCCCGAGUGUUACCUUGAUCCAGACACAGAGCGUGAUGCCAGCUAUGGUGCUUUAAAGAGGAAAUGCAAAAUAGAACCACACACUGGUCUGAUGCUUCUGCCACUUGCUGACAGGAAGGAUCCCUCCAAACUGAUGUUUGAUGGCGUGCGAAAGCCAGUCUCUGCACAGCAAUUGUUGGAGUGUGGUGUCCUUGACAAACCAACAUUUAACAAGUUGAUCAAAGGGGAGAAAACUGUCCCAGAAGUUUCUGUAGAUAAAAAGAUAUUUCUAAAAGGAACAGGAUCCAUUGCUGGUGUCACCGUUGGAUCUUUAGAGAAAAUGUCAUUGUCAGAGGCCAAGAAACAGAUGCUUAUGCCUUCAGAGAGUGCAGAUUUACUUCUUGAAGCCCAGGCUGCCACAGGUCACAUCACUGACCCAAUCUCCAAUCAGAAAUUGACAGUAGAAGAGGCCUGUGCAAGGGGAGUGGUGGACAGAAGUGAUCGAGAUAAACUCUUAGCAGCAGAAGCUGCUGCUGUUGGAUAUAAGGAUCCUCGCACAGGUCAGUCUCUAUCAGUGUUUGAGGCAACAAAGAAGGGAUUAAUUGACAAAAAGACUGGAGUGCGCUUGCUGCAGGCCCAGGAAUCUGCAGGGGGUAUUCUUGAUCCAAACCUCAGUGUUUUCCUCCCUAAAGAAACUGCUAUGAAACGCAACCUUUUGGAUGAAGACCUCUGUCGUGCCCUCAAACAGAAUCCCGAGUGUUACCUUGAUCCAGACACAGAGCGUGAUGCCAGCUAUGGUGCUUUAAAGAGGAAAUGCAAAAUAGAACUACACACUGGUCUGAUGCUUCUGCCACUUGCUGACAGGAAGGAUCCCUCCAAACUGAUGUUUGAUGGCGUGCGAAAGCCAGUCUCUGCACAGCAAUUGUUGGAGUGUGGUGUGCUUGACAAACCAACAUUUAACAAGUUGAUCAAAGGGGAGAAAACUGUCCCAGAAGUUUCUGUAGAUAAAAAGAUAUUUCUAAAAGGAACAGGAUCCAUUGCUGGUGUCACCGUUGGAUCUUUAGAGAAAAUGUCAUUGUCAGAGGCCAAGAAACAGAUGCUUAUGCCUCCAGAGAGUGCAGAUUUACUUCUUGAAGCCCAGGCUGCCACAGGUCACAUCACUGACCCAAUCUCCAAUCAGAAAUUGACAGUAGAAGAGGCCUGUGCAAGGGGAGUGGUGGACAGAAGUGAUCGAGAUAAACUCUUAGCAGCAGAAGCUGCUGCUGUUGGAUAUAAGGAUCCUCGCACAGGCCAGUCUCUAUCAGUGUUUGAGGCAAUAAAGAAGGGAUUAAUUGACAAAAAGACUGGAGUGCGCUUGCUGCAGGCCCAGGAAUCUGCAGGGGGUAUUCUCGAUCCAAACCUCAGUGUUUUCCUCCCUAAAGAAACUGCUAUGAAGCGCAACCUUUUGGAUGAAGACCUCUGUCGUGUCCUCAACCAGAAUCCCGAGUGUUACCUUGAUCCAGACACAGAGCGUGAUGCCAGCUAUGGUGCUUUAAAGAGGAAAUGCAAAAUAGAGCCACACACUGGUCUGAUGCUUCUGCCACUUGCUGACAGGAAGGAUCCCUCCAAACUGAUGUUUGAUGGCGUGCGAAAGCCAGUCUCUGCACAGCAAUUGUUGGAGUGUGGUGUGCUUGACAAACCAACAUUUAACAAGUUGAUCAAAGGGGAGAAAACUGUCCCAGAAGUUUCUGUAGAUAAAAAUAUAUUUCUAAAAGGAACAGGAUCCAUUGCUGGUGUCACCGUUGGAUCUUUAGAGAAAAUGUCAUUGUCAGAGGCCAAGAAACAGAUGCUUAUGCCUCCAGAGAGUGCAGAUUUACUUCUUGAGGCCCAGGCCGCCACAGGUCACAUCACUGACCCAAUCUCCAAUCAGAAAUUGACAGUAGAAGAGGCCUGUGCAAGGGGAGUGGUGGACAGAAGUGAUCGAGAUAAACUCUUAGCAGCAGAAGCUGCUGCUGUUGGAUAUAAGGAUCCUCGCACAGGUCAGUCUCUAUCAGUGUUUGAGGCAAUAAAGAAGGGAUUAAUUGACAAAAAGACUGGAGUGCGCUUGCUGCAGGCCCAGGAAUCUGCAGGGGGUAUUCUCGAUCCAAACCUCAGUGUUUUCCUCCCUAAAGAAACUGCUAUGAAGCGCAACCUUUUGGAUGAAGACCUCUGUCGUGCCCUCAACCAGAAUCCCGAGUGUUACCUUGAUCCAGACACAGAGCGUGAUGCCAGCUAUGGUGCUUUAAAGAGGAAAUGCAAAAUAGAACCACACACUGGUCUGAUGCUUCUGCCACUUGCUGACAGGAAGGAUCCCUCCAAACUGAUGUUUGAUGGCGUGCGAAAGCCAGUGUCUGUUACAGAUCUGGUUGAUGCAAACCUGCUAAACAAAUCUGAUGUGGACCAACUGAAUGCAGGUAAACUUACAAGCCAAGACAUUGAGGAUCGCCUGCGGUCAUACCUGGGAGGUUCCACUUGCAUAGCAGGAGUUUAUGAUGAAGCCAGUGAUAAAGUGCUGUCAAUCUAUCAGGCUAUGAAGAAUAAACUUUUGCGACAGGGCAACACUCUAGAACUGCUUGAAGCGCAAGCUGCAUCGGGUUAUAUGAUUGAUCCUGUCAAUAAUCUCUUUCUGACUGUUGCUGAAGCCUACAAUAGAAGACUUUUUGGGCAUGAGUUUAAAGACAAACUGCUUUCAGCAGAAAAGGCUGUAACUGGUUACAAAAUGCCUAGAUCAGGCAAGAUAAUCUCCCUCUUUCAGGCCAUUGAGAGUGGUCUAGUCGAAAAGGGACAUGGCAUUCGUCUGUUAGAGGCCCAGAUUGCCAGCGGAGGCAUCAUUGAUCCCCAACACAGUCACCGUAUUGAUGUGAAUGUUGCCAUCAAGAGAGGCUGCUUUAAUGAGGAAAUUAACAAGAUCCUGACUGAUGAGAGUGAUGACACUAAAGGUUUCUUUGAUCCCAACACAGAGGAAAACCUAACUUAUCUGGAACUUAAAAAACGAUGUAUCUUAGAUAAGAACACCGGGCUCGUCCUGUUGCCAAUCAUAGACAAAAAGAAGCAGGAGUCAAGCCAAAAGAACACCGUAAGGAAAAGGAGAGUGAUAAUUGUGGAUCCAGUGACUGAUAAAGAGAUGACAGUACAUGAAGCGUACAAGAAAGGGUACAUUGACUAUGAUACCUACCUGGAGCUGUCAGAGCAGGAGUGUGAGUGGGAAGAGAUUACUAACACUGCUCCAGAUGGUUCCAUGCGACUUGUUAUCAUUGACAAGUCAACUGGAAGACAAUAUGAUAUCGAUGACCUACUUGAAAAACGAGUCAUUGAGCAGUCUGAUGUGGAGCAGUAUCGCUCACAUGCCAUCACCAUCAACCAAUUUGCAGACAUCAUCAGUUGUAAGACCAAACACAAGUCAUCAUCUUUAUCAUCAUCGUUAUCCAAAUCAUCAAAUUUAACUCCAGAGCCAUCAGGCAGAUCAUCAGUAACACAAUCAUCAUCAUCACUGGAAACAACUUCACAAACUUCAAAAUCUCUGAGCUCAUCUUCAACAUUAUCAACCUCAAGAACAUCAGAAGUCUCUGUUCCAGCAUCAUUUACGUCAUCUUCCCUGUCCUCUUCUUCAUCAACUUUUGUAUCGAGACCGCUAUCUCCUACCUUCACCAAAACAACUACAACAAAAACUACCACAAUCACAGAGAGGAGCUCCUUAUCUAGGACUAUUGCUGAUUUCUCAGACUCCCAAAAGCAUGUAUCCAGUGAAUCUUUUUCUCUGUCCCUUCCUCUUGAAGCAGUUGGUGAGGUGGAACCUGUAGGGGCUGUUUUUGACACGGAGACAGUAGAGAAGAUUUCAAUCACGGAGGCUUUAAAUCGGGGUCUAGUAGAUUCCAUCACAGCCCAAAGACUGCUUGAGGCCCAAGCUUGCACUGGAGGAAUUGUCAAUCCCACAAAUGGCAAGAGGCUCAGCAUCCAAGAGGCUUCCCGCAUGGCUAUAAUAACUCAUGACAUGGUCACUAAACUCAAGCCUGCCCAGAAAGCAUAUUUUGGUUUUGAGGAUAUAAAAACCAAUAGGAAGUUGUCAGCUGCUCAGGCCUUGAAGGAAAGGUGGCUGCCAUAUGAUGCAGGGCAGAGAUUUCUGGAGUUCCAGGUUGCAACAGGUGGGCUUUAUGACCCAGAGAAGGGCUGUAGGAGAAGCAUUGAGGAUGCAUUGAAAAUUGGCUGGAUAGAUGUGAGAGCGGCACAAAAGCUCCAGGACAUCAAACACCAUACAAAAAAUCUGACAUGUCCCAAGAGCAAACUUAAGGUUUCUUACAAAGAACUGCUUGAUAACUGUCUAAUUGAGGAGAGCACUGGGGUGAAAAUGUUUCAGGCAUCAUCAGUCUCUUCUAGAGGUAUCAGUAGUCCGUACAACGUUGCUUCAGCCCCAGGAUCCACGCCAGGUUCCAGGAGUGGCUCACAAAGGGGCUCGCGCAGAAGCAGUGUGGACCUGGGCUAUUCAUUACCACAAUACAGUUUUACUAGCUUCACCAGCUUUUCCUCUACCAAAUAAAUCCAGAAAAGGCAAAUGCUUUCACAUAUAUCUGCUUUUCUUGCAAAUUAGUAAUGAUGUUUAGAAUAUUGUGUGUGGGAAUCUACUAAAUGUUUUCUGUGUGCAGAAAAAUAUUUUUAAAUAUUCUUAAAUUUUGGCUUCAGUUUUACUUUGCUUUAAGUAAAACAGAUAUGAAGAACACUAAUAGAAUAGUUGUGUCACAAUAAACAAACACAUUAUUGACAGACACCUUAAGGUAUUUGGAGAGAAAAUAAAGUUGUUAUAGUAAUUAUUGGUAUUUUUAAAAUAAUUCUUCAAAUUGCCAUAUUUGUGUUUGCACGCUGUGUUUCAAAAAUAUUCUUUUUCCAAAGUUUUAUAGAAUAUCAUCCUCUCAAUUCGAAUUAUUACUAUAAACAGCUUGUCUUUCAUGAAUUAUCAAAAUAUGAUCUGUAUGUUUUCUGGGGAAUAGGUAUUAAGUUUGGUAAAAGCGGUUCUUUUUUUACUUAGCAAGUUGUUUGGAGGGUUAUUUUCUGAUUAGCACUAUAUACACUGUUUAAUUUGUCACCAUCAUUUAAUAAAGCAUAGAGUUUGUUGCUUUAGUGGAUUUGAAAUCAUUUUUGUGCAUGGUCAUUCUUGAACAAUAAACACAUUGAGGACA